GCACGAUGAAAGAUUUUUUUAUUUUUACAAAUCAUUUAUAUGUAAUCAUAUAACAAAACUAUUAUUUUAAAAACUCUCUAUACACAAAGAUAUGGCAGAACCUCAGGUAGGAGUAGAGGCUACAGAAGUCAAGCGAGCUCCAAGGAGAAGGUUUAUUGGAAAGAAAUCAGUAGACAACGAAGACAAAGACGGUUCCAGUAAUGCUUUAGUAACCACAAAGAAGAAACAUAUCGGUAGAGUCAUGAAUCAGAUCCCUGAUGAAAUUAUGAAUGAUAAGGACUUGAAUGAUGCCAUAAGGUUAUUGCCAUCUAACUAUAACUUUGAGAUACAUAAGACUGUGUGGAAUAUACGAAAGCAUGAAGCAAAGAGAGUUGCAUUGCAAAUGCCAGAAGGGUUAUUGAUGUAUUCCUUAAUCAUAUCAGAUAUAUUAGAACAAUUCUGUCAAAUCGAAACAGUAGUGAUGGGAGAUGUCUCAUAUGGUGCUUGUUGCAUCGACGAUUACACUGCCAGAUCACUUGAUUGUGAUUUCAUUGUUCAUUAUGCCCAUUCAUGUUUGGUUCCAAUCGAUAUAACAUCUAUUAAAGUCUUAUAUAUUUUCGUGACAAUCAAUAUUGAUGAAACUCAUUUGAUCAAGACAUUGAAAUUAAACUUCGAUAAAGGAACCCAACUUGCAGUCUUUGGUACCAUUCAAUUUAAUCCAACCAUUCAUUCAGUCAAAGCAAAGCUUGAGAGUGACGAAAGUCCAAUAUAUCUUAUACCUCCACAAACAAGACCAUUAUCCAAGGGAGAAGUGCUAGGAUGUACUUCUGCUAGGUUGAAUAAAGAGCAGAUCCAAGGUAUGGUUUAUAUAGGAGAUGGAAGAUUCCAUCUUGAAAGUUCCAUGAUUCAUAACCCUGAUAUUCCAGCAUACAGAUAUGAUCCAUAUUCUAGAAAAUUCACCAGAGAAUACUAUGAUCAAAAGCAAAUGGUCCAAGUAAGAGAAGAUGCUAUUAAAACUGCAUCAAAGUCGAAAAAAAUUGGAUUAAUUUUGGGUGCUUUAGGUAGACAGGGAAAUCCAAUCACUUUAGAUAACAUUGAAAAGAGUUUAAAAGAAAGAGGGAUAAAAGUAGUUAAGAUAAUCUUGAGUGAGAUCUUUCCUCAAAAAUUAUCUAAAUUCGAUGAUAUCGACGCCUUUGUACAGGUUGCAUGUCCUAGAUUGUCAAUCGAUUGGGGAUAUGCAUUUAAUAAGCCAUUGUUAACCCCAUAUGAAGCUAUGGUUAUGUUGGAAAAAGAUGUAAAAUGGACUAGCGAGUACUAUCCAAUGGAUUACUAUUCCAAGGAUGGAUAUGGUAGAGGUAAUAUCCCAGACCAUACCAAGGUUGUAUAAAGUGUUUGGGGUGUAUAUAUAU